UUCUGGUGAAGCCUGUCAUUCUGAUGCGGCAUAGUCAUUGCCGGUCAUGCAUUCAUGGUUCGUCAGGUGGCCGGGCAUCACUGGCAAGUGAAGGUUCCUGAUGACUCGGACCGAUGGGCCGUCCCCGUAAGUUCCCUCCCUUUUCCUUUCCUCACUUUACAGUAACUUAGUUAUGAGUGCUGCAGGGCUACUCAGGGUUUUAUAAUUGCCGAGUUUCAAUCUUUCUCAAUAAUGAUUGAGCCUCUCACUGUCACUGCUCCAGACGGUGCAAGUUUGGCGUACGAGAUUCAAGGUUCUCAAUGGAUAGGCCGAGCUCUGCCCAUCGGAAUGACCUCUUUGAGAGGUGAUUGGGAGAGGUUGGCCAGUCCUCUUGUUGCUCAUCGACCAGUCUUGAUUUACGACCAUCGAGGAAUGGGUGAUUCGACCUAUUCAACACCGAGCCGGAAAGAACGGACAAAAUUUCUGAGUCGCACAUACGUAUACUUCGUCAACACCUUCGGCAGUGAAUUCAUCCACAAUCCCGUUAUUUAAAUAUCAAGCUCGGAUGUAUAUGAAAGG